AUGUUCGUCAAAGCUGCAAUCCUGAGUGCGCUCGUCAGCGCUGUGUCUGCUGGCACCGUCUUAUGGGAUGGCCGCUUCAAUAACUUCACCUCGUCCGCCGACCUUAACAAUUGGUCUUGGGCCAACCAAGUCGGACCUUACCAGUACUACAUUCACGGCUCCGGACCCGUAACAUCCUACGUGAACCUCUCGCCCUCCUACAAGAACCCCGGCGACACAAACUCCAAGCAGGGCGCCAAGAUCACCAUCGAUAGCACCGCCAAAUGGAACAGCGAUAUGUGGCGCACAGAACUGAUCCCGCAGACCGCCGCCGCUAUCAACAGCGGUACGGUGUACUACCACUUCAGCAUCAAGCGCAGCACCACCAACGUUCCCAGCGCCACCAACGAACACCAGAUCUGUUUCUUCGAGAGCCACUUCACGGAGCUCAAGUACGGCUGGAUUAGCGGCGACCAGGGUACUUCCAACACGAGCUUGCAGUGGUUCGUGGGUGGGCAGAGCAAGUGGAAGGUUGAUUUGACGGCAGACGAGUGGCACAAUGUCGUCUAUGAGAUCAACUUCGCCUCCCAGCAAGUCACCUUCUGGCACUCGACUGGCAACAACACGCUUGUCAAGACUGCGGGUCCUGUCUCUGCGAGCACGUCGAGCAAUGGCGCGGAUUGGCAUUUGGGUGUCUUGAGACUGCCUCGACAGGGCAAUGAUGGAACUGGGGCUGAGGAUUGGUACUUUUCGGGCGUUUAUGUGGAGAGUGGAUCGCUUACUACUUCUGUUGUCAGCCCGAAGUAA